CAUCCCGUGGUACUUUUCAUCCCGUGGUACUUUUCAUCCCGUGGUACUUUUCAUCCCGCAUCACUAUUCACCCCGCAUCACUAUUCACCCCGCUACACAUCCAUCCCCUGCAUUCAUUCCCGGGUACAUGCUCGCCAAUCAUUUCACACUACCACAUGAUUACUUUAUAAUAAUCAUGCUACCAUUGUUAUAGUCAUGUUCAUUUCUAUCCUCCUUUACCUCUUCUUGUUAUUGCUGCUACUCAUUUCGAACACGAAUAUCCACCGCCGCUUAGUGCACCUUGGUUUGCUAAUCGUUAUGUCUAGGUACUCUUACUAUCCGCCAUGGGAGAUAUCAAUCUUCCCGACCAUAGCGGUCACGAAACCGGCGUGGGAGAUACCAACCUUCUCGACCACAACGGUCACGAAUUCGGCGUCGAAGACACCAACGAGCGCUACGAGGCUCAACUCCAGCAGGAUGAUUCCAGCGUUUACGAAUCUGGCGUAGAAGAUUUCGAUCUCUCCGACCAUAGCGUUCACUAUACUGGCAUUGAAGAUGCCGGCAAGGAAGACACCAACGAGGGCGACGAGGCUCGCCGCGAGCAGGAGGAGCUCCGCGAGAAGUCCGAUGACCUCACCGACCUUCCUCAGGUGCCGCCCACUGCUAUCUCGCGGGCGGUUUCCUGUCUCGUCAUCCUGGGCGGAACUCCUCUGAGCAUGCAUCGCGAUGACAACCUCGUCAAGCUCGGCCGCGAACCCGUCACGCAGUACGAGUUCAAGCUCAAGCUCGAGUACCAUCCUGCCACGUACCCCAGAAUCUCUGUGGUCUUCGUCCGCAACCUCGAGAUCAAAGGCGCUGUUCGGCGCCACUCUUGGGUAGGCCGGAUGGAGUUCUAUUUCCAGUCCGUCUCCGAGCUGGAGGCCGCUAGGCAGCACAAAGAUCGCGCUACCAUUUCGCUCAACCGCGACUUCAAACUCGAACCGGGCACUGUGCAAGCUCCCAACGGCUGCAUCUACCUGUCGUUCCGGGUCAGCAGAGUCGUCUUCUAUUACAACGAGGUGAUGAACAAAGAUCCGGUGUUCAAGGCGCAGAUCAAGCAGAUGGCAGAAUUUGCAGACUCGGUCAACCGAGGCUCUCCCAGCGAAGUUGCCUUCCUAGUCACCGACGACGCCCACCCCCCCACCUGGGAGCUUAGUCCCGACGAUCCCGUACCGCAGUCCGUCCCGAUCGUCUCUACCGACGAAUACUCGGAGCUCUCAACCAAUAUGAACUCCUUCAUCGCCAUGGCUGGCAUCUUCGAGCGGAUCGUGGAGAACAAUUCGGACAGCCUCGCGCCCUGGUUCAUCCGCUCGCCUACCCAGGAACUCCUCAACGCCGGGACCAUCCUUGAGGCCGGCAAGGAGUACGAGGUGGCGGGGGGCAGAAAGGUGACGAGACCCGAGAUCGGGAUCGUGCCUCCCUGCGUCAAAUUUUUCGACCUUCGACAAUACAAGGUCGCCCAGACGUACGGUACCGUCGAUGACGCCGCCCGCGCCCAGUCCGUCGCGAACGAGAUGGCGCAGAAGCAGUUCCCCUGCCACCUGUUCGCCCUCUCGCAGAACAAGGACGACUCCGGCAACCCCUCCGCGGUCGCCGUCGCAAUCCCCCUGGGUCGCGACACCCACCUCCUCCCCCACAAGGGUUCCGACUGCAAGAUUACCAUCUCCGGUCUCCGGCGCGCCAAAAAUCCGCCCUACGAGAUCAACAUCGAGACGCAACUGCCCGAGUUCCUGGCCGAGCUAGCUUUUCGCGCCAUCUCGAGGUCGCAGUCUGCAGAUGUCUUCAUCCAGCUUUGCAACGUCCUCAAGGAGGACACGCCCGAAGACAAGUCCGAAGAGAUACUAAACGGGCUAGAACAGAUCUACGAGGACGCCUACGAAAGCGGCGGCGUGGUAGAUAUGGACGGUUUAUCCGCGUUCGUUGCCGAGCACGCUGUGUAUUUGCAAGUCCCGCAAGUACCAGAUAAGGAGGAUUCAGAAGAAAAGCUUCGCAGCUGGAACGCUUGGGCCGCGGACCCUUCGCUCCCCCUUCUCGGCGGCAGUUUUAGGGUGUUCAUCGCAAAGAUACCUUUAGAGCCCUGGACCGAGUGCUGCGGCGGAGAGAGGAGACGUUGCAACUUUGGCCUGGAAUUUCCUAAGGAGGGGGAAAACUACGGGGUUUACAUUCAGAACAAGUUGCAAGAUGACGAGGCCAAGUUUUGCACGAUCACCGUGAAGCACCUCACCAAGACCCUCAGGCAGGAGAUUCAGGCCCACGAAGAAGUGCAGCAUCCUCCUUCUGUCCCGGCGGAGACUCCCGGCAUCAGCGACUUGGCGUUAGGCAUCUACAAUUGGCUUCCUACUCUCGAAAUGCCCCCGGACGGUUCUCCGUCCCUGAAGGACCACUUCGAGCUGUUCCCCGGCAUGAUGCGCGCGGUAGAGGGUAGCGCACCCGCCCACCUGCAGCGGAUGUACGACAGCUUCGACGAGUCCAAGAAGCAAACUUUCAGCCAGCACAUGAGGAAGAUCCCGUUCGGACUAGCAGCGAUCCCCGGCACGGCUGCUUGCGGCAAGUCUCUCUUCGUCAAAUUCUACGCCGCCUUGCACCUAGAGGAGGAAUUCCCAGAGGGAGAGCCCCCCAAGGUUUUGAUCAUCUGCCCGCACAACCAAGCGUUAGAUGACUACGAGCUGGGCUUCAAGCGAACUCUGGAGAAGUACGGCGCUCCGGAAGAGUCGUUCCCCCGCAUGGAGAGGGUGCACAGCAUUCCUACCGAGAUCAAGGCCGCGGUGAGAUCUUUCACCCGAGAGGACCUCCAGGCAGAAGCGACCAACGAGCUAGACGCCACCGAUCACUUCCUAGCCGAGUCCGUGCUGACCGAGUUCCAGCGCUACGCGGACGAGUACACCAAGCAGAAGGGCAGAAAGAACUUCCAUACCCAGUCUCUUCAUACCUCGGUGCUCAAUUACGUGCGGGAGCAUCCAAAUGACAACUUGGAUAUCAUCGAGCUGCUGGAGCUCGGAAAGACUAACAAGACCCUGUCUAAAGAUCAGAAGAGGUUGGCCGAGGUCCACAUCAAGGAGCUCUACCAGAUGAAGCUGCGAGAGGCGCAGAUCGUCUUUGCUACGCCGGCCGCCGCGCGCGAAACUUUCUUUCGCAACGAGUUUAAGCCUACCUUGGUGGUUUUGGACGACAACGCGCGAAUGAGAGAGAUCACCACGGUCAUGUGCAUCGCCUCCUUCCCCACGGCGAAGCUAUUCGUGCUGCUAGGAGACCCUAGACAGCUGACGCCGUUCACCAGCAGCAGCCCCGGCGACAUGACGGCCCCUUUCGAUUCCCAGGUCAAGAUCUCUUGCCUCGACCGGCUCUACCGUGCCGGGGUCUCGUUCAAGGGUCUCGUGCACAACCACCGGCAGUACGCGGACCUGCAGAAAGAGCCCAGCGUAUGGUUUUACAACGGGAUCAUGAAGUCGAGCAUCGGCCGCGCCGACCGCUUCCCUCCCUCGGUCGUCAAGGUCCAGCAGAUAAUCCAGGACCUCACCGGCAUCCCCGGCAGCAACCGCGUCGUCGUCGACAUCACCAACUCCAAGGAGCAGCGCGCCUCUGCUUCCGUCAAGAAUGAACGCCACGCCUACUACGUCCUGCGAGCCCUGCGCUACUUUUACCUCGACGCCGGCUUUACCUCUCUAGACGCUACACCCGGAUCCAUCGCCGUCGUCCCCUUCUACAACGCCCAGGUUGCCGAGAUCGAAUCUCUCUUGCGCAACCGCAAAGUUGUCCACAACCUCUUCGGCGUGACCCCCGCCAAGCUAGCCGAGCGAGUCAUAGUGAGCACCCUCGACAGUUUCCAAGGCGGACAGGCAGAUCUUGUCAUCUUAGACUACACACGCUCCGACCGGCCUGGAUUCACCGGCGAUUCCCACCGCAACGCAGUCGCGCACACUCGCAGCGUGCAAGGCGAGAUAGUCCUCCUGAACGAGUCCGUCUUCGUCCCACCUUCUGGACACAGCCGCUCUUGGACCAACCUCCGUCUCAUGUACAGAGAGCUCGAACGCCAGAGCCGAGUCCACAGGACGGUAUUCUACGAGAACUGUCUGGACUUUGGCCACGAAGACAAGGCCUGCAACAAUGCUGCCCAGUGCUCCACCUGCUUCGAGAAGGGUCAUACCAAGUCCGCGUGCCCCACGGUCAAGUGUACGAAGUGCGACGGCCCCGGACACAUCGCCACUCAUUGCGUCCACAAGAACUGAUUUCGCUGCGGAGAGCCUCAUCUCAAGGCCGACUGUCCUUACGACGCCUCUGUUACGUGCUCCGACUUCAACCGACGAGGAUACAUGAGCAAGAGAGGCCUUUGCGACGGUGCCCGCCUUGCCCGCCUUUGAGCCCCCAGAGACCAAAGCGGUUAGGAAGAUACUAGGAG